AUGUCGUUUUUACCAGUAACUUGCAAGCCGAUUCGAUUGCUCUCCUUCAUUUUCAUAGUUCAUGUCAACUUCGUUGCGUGUGAUCAACUCUCCUUGGUGGUGGAGUCGUUCAAUUUGCGUAGUCAUCAGAGUACGGAAAUCACUUGCAAACGGAUCACUGAAAUACUAUUGAACAAUCAACGCCUGAAAGAAUAUCACUGCAUCGGAGGGACACAUGCUACUUCCCGUGAGCCUGGCAUGUGGAUAAUGGCCACGAGCCCUCUAAUGACUGUAUCGGAUAAGAAAAUGCCUUUCGAAAUUGUUUACAGCGAGAAAAGUAUCUCGACGAUCUUCGAAUUGGGGGACGAAGUGAACCGACAACUGACAUCUGAAGCCAGUAUGAAUUUUACACACGAAAAUUCAGACUUGAACGCUACUAUGACCUACAUACAAUUCCGACCAGACAAAUCAUCUUCAUGUUCCACAGGAAUCUCCACUGGAUUCAUUAUAGCUCUCAUAGAGGGUAUUGCGCUUAUAAUCAUUGGCAGCCAUGCAGCUGUUCAGUUCUACGCCAAAAAACGUAUUCAAAUUCACAGUGUACCUGACAGGGACGGAGAGGAGAAUCUUGGAAUUAACGAUGAGUAA